UGCAUGCGUUGCUAGUUUGUUAAACAUGACCUCAGUGUGGUCCUUAUAUAUCCCAUCUAGACAAUAAAAUACUCGUUCAAUCGCCAUGGAAGAAAAGUCACAGGUAAGAAGAGGGGGCCGGGCUAGCUUCAUGGCUAAGGAUUUGUUAUUUUAUUAUGUUGAUGAAAAUAGUACUUUUGUUCUGAUUCAUGACCAUCAUAUAUAAGUAGCACAAAUAAAUACGAUAGCAUGUGUUGAUUUGCCUUUGUUGUAUUAGUCAUCGAUCCAACUUGCUCCUCCUCAACAGAAGAGUUGCUGGGAUCACAUUAGGGGGAGCUCCAAGCUCCAACCACGAUGACCAUGGCUGAUGAUGUUAAGAUCCCGAUCGAGGAAGAGCACCCGGUGUCCGUAGUCGAGACGACCGUGCCCACUGGCAAGGAUCCAAGGCAGGCUUCGAGUUCAUCAUCUGUCGAGACGGAAACAGCCGCAGAGGAGACGGAGAGGCCUGCAUCAGGAACACCAGCCACAAAAGGCCAGGAUGAGACAAGCUCCGCGGGGACGGGGGACGAACAACGUGGCACGGCUGAGGGCGAGAGAAACAUCCAGUUCGGCGCCGUGGUGGCCGUCCUCUCCUUCGCCGUGAUGCUCCCCGGCCUCUCCUUCAGUUCGGCGUUGCCAAAGGGGCCGGACAACUGGCGCCUCGACAUCCUCAUGCUCCUCGCGUUCGCUUCUUGCAUCUGCGGCUUAUCCUUCAUGCUCCUGAGCAUGCAGCUGCUGGGGGCGGCCCCGGAGAUCCGUGGCUUCUACCACUGGGCCAUCUCUCGGUGCCUCUUCUACGCCUGCAUCGCCUUACCGGCGCUGACACUGCUCAGCCUGCUGCUAGUCAUGCCGUUCAAGCUCUACCUCUACGUUGGCCUCGCCGUGCCCCCGUUGGCGGCGGUGGCCGUCGCCGCCGUCCACUGGUACGCGAACAGCAGGAGCGACGGAGCAACAGAGCCUCCGGACGGCGACGACGCGGCCGAGUCGACGGAGCAGGCGGAGGAGAUGGAAGCCAGCUCAAAGAUCACCGGGGCCUUGAUGGCCUCGUCAUUCGGGGGCCUCGUCGGCACGCUCGGAGCCCUGGACAAGCAACAGCAACCGGGAGACGCCGCCGGCGACGACGAUACCCUCCGCGCCACCCACGUUGCCAUCAUGUUCAUGUUCAGCACGGCAGUGAUGAGCGUUCUCCUGAUGGUCCUCUCGAUGGUGGCGCUCAAGAUUGAGAGCAGACUGCGUAGGCGGUCCCUCGUCGGAGCGAUCGGGCACGCAAACGUCAUCCUCCUCGGCCUGCUCGCCGUCGCCGCAUUCUCGGCGGCAUUCGUGGUGCUCAGGUUCUACGUGCUCACCGCGUUCAUCUCCCUGGCCCUCGCUGCCCUCGUCCAGUUCAUCAUCCAGCACUUCGCAGCCGCCAAGAAGGGCGCCGGUGACGGUAAUGAACAGGGGAAAGCCCGGGAGAAAUUAGACCGGCAAGAUGUGCAACCAGCUGAUCCGGACCCGAUCCAGGAGAAGCAGCUCGGGUGGAUGGCUGACAUAGGGAAGCAGGUGACCGCGUGGUCGCUGGGAGGAGUCAUGGUGAUCUUUGGGCGCUUCAUCGGGGAUUCUGACAGAAACCACGGCAAGACGGCGGCGAACAAGACCUGCAUGUUCCUGCUGACCUCGGCGUUUGCGUCAGGGCUCGGGCUCAUGUUCCUGAUGAGCUUCCGGUCGGGCGGUCCGGCCAGGGGUGGCUUCAACGCGGCCACCAACAUACUGGCCUGCGCCGCCCUGGGGACGAUUACAGCAGCCGCGCUUGCCAUCUAUGGUGUGGUGGUGAUGAAGUCAUAGGCGAUGAAGAAUACUCUAACUUUAAUUAUGUAUUCUUUGUUCCUUGAGGGUAACUCCAAUGUAUAAUCUUAGACAAGGUGCGAACAUGUGACAUCUCAAUAGGUGCUUUGCUAGAAAAAUAUGUGACACCUGAAGCCAGCUCCUCAUGAUCACGAAGAUCACGACAGAUCCUGAAGACCGGUCCAGCAUCAACAGUUGUACUCUUUUUCUCAUGAUGAGUUUUUUUCCCACUGGAUUUUCUAAUGCAAGGUUUUUAAUGAGGUAACA